CAUGCAGUUAGAGCCCGUUGUCUACGGCAUUGACGGAAACUGCAAAUUGUAAAGUUAACUUCAACCAGUUGAACUUCAAUUUAUUAAAUUUAUUAAUUUAUUCAAUUGUUAUAAUCUUGUAUUCAACUAAUUUGUUUUAUAAUUAAACAUUUGAAAUGGCUCCUGUUCUUGGCUAUUGGAACAUUCGAGGCUUGGCCCAACCCAUUCGACUUCUUUUGAAUUACAAGGAGGCUGUUUAUGAAGAUAAACGAUACAACUAUGGACCAGCUCCGGAUUUUAGUAGAGAAGAAUGGAACAAAGAGAAAUAUUCUCUUGGAUUAUCAUUUCCCAACUUACCAUACUACAUUGACGGAGACACUAAACUAACUCAGAGUAAGGCAAUUCUCAGACAUCUUGCCAGAAAAUAUGAAUUGGAUGGUCAAACGGAAAGUGAGAAACAACGAAUUGACCAGUUGUGUUAUCAAUUGACCGAUUUGAUGAGCUCUUUUACCUCAAUGUGUUACAAUCCUGAUUUCGAGAAACUCAAACCCGAUUACAUCAAAGGACUCCCUGAAAAAUUGAAAUCAUUGGCUCAAUUUCUUGGCGAAAACAAGUUUGUUACCGGCGAAAAUAUCUCUUUCGUUGACUUUCUUCUUUUCGAGUUUAUUGAUCAACAACUCUACCUUUUACCGAAUUGUCUUAAUGAAUUUCCUAAUCUGAAAGAUUUCCAUUCUUCAUUCAAAGCUAUUCCAACCAUCGAGAAAUAUUUGAAAAGUGACCAAUAUAUCAAAUGGCCUCUCAAUGGAGAUAGAGCCAAAUUUGGUAGUCGACACAACCCCCCUGAGGAGUAAGGAAACUGACCAAUCUCUCAAUCUGAAUCUCUUCCCAUGACGCUAAAAGAGUUUCUACAAAUUUGUCGAAAUGCUCAUAAUAUUGAGAGAAAUUAUUUUCAAUCGAAAUCUCUGCCAAUAAUUACUAUCGGCUUCUUCCCUUUCAUUAAAUGCUCUCUUUGAAAAAAA